CCAUGGAAACAUGCCCACAUUUACUGAGAGAUGACAGAUUCUUCGGAGUUAUCUGAUUAUCUGUGUUAAAAUCGUUAAAAUGCUUCAGAAUUGUUUACAACCGUCAGCUGUAGCGCUUCCACUCACUCCGAAAUGUUCCACCGGGUUUCAGUGUCUUUUUAGUGAAUUAAUUGAAGCUGAAGAGUGAAUUAAACUCAUUUAGGAUGAAUAAGGAUUUGUUGAAUAUGGAGGAGACAUCCAGCAGUCACAAGCCCAAUAGGGAGACUCUGACACCUUACAAAAUUGGAGUUAUUUUGCUGAUAAAGGAGUACUGCCUGGCCAUGCCAAAAACUCCUCAGGAACGCCGAGAUUUUUGCAUUCUUGCGUUGAAAUUGAUUCAGUCCCCAGAUAUGGACUUGAAGGCUCUCAUAUUCGCCCUGUACAGCACCGAAUACGUUCUCCAACGUUUCGCUCGAAAGAUGGAAGUGGAGUGCGUGCAUUUAUCCGAGAAAACUGUUGGUGUUGAGGGUCUCCUGGAGCUCUUCGACGUCCUCACAAGACUGAUGAAAUCCCCCCAGGAUCACUCCCUCCCCUCCCACGCUCUGUGCAGAAGUUCAGUACUAGGUUUGUACGUCAGAAGAACGAUAAUAUUCUUCGAGGAGCUCUCGUUCUCGGAGGUUGCCCAGCUGUAUGACGCCUUUGUCAAGGACUUUGACGAGGCUGCAUUGGCCCUGGUGAAUGCACGAAACCUCCCGACACCGAAAAUCGAGCUGGGAAACGUGAAAGAACAAUCGAAGAAUAAAAACAUCUGGGACUGCAGAAGGGCUGAACUUCUGGUCGCCCAGCAGGCUCAAGCCCUCCAGACAGACGAGCACAAGGCGAUGCCGCCAGCCAACCUCCAGACACUAGUUCGCGAGCUACUGGGCUGCAACCCCUACUAUGCAGAAGCCCAUUACCUGAGCUACCUGAAUUGCCUGCGAGUCAAUGAAUACUGCGGCGCCCAGGACAGUCUCUACCACUGUUUCGACAGACUGGCACCUCUGGAGAACAGAUCGGCAGCCGAGGACAGGUCCAGGACAUUCAGAUAUGCUGCGCUGAACCUCGCAGCACUGCAUGCACAGUUCGAUCACAAGGAAGUGGCCAAGGCAGCGUUGAAGGAGGCGGUCAUGAUGGCCCAGGAGGCUGGGGACAAUGUUUGCCUGCAGUUGGCACAUGCUUGGAUGUACCAUUUGUCGAAGGAGAAUAAGAGUCAAUUGAUCGAACGUUCAGUGGGAAAAGCAAGUAUACUAGGUAUAACCCACACAACGAGCCUAGGAUUAAUAGCGUCAGCCCACAAUUCAGCACUAGAGGGUAAAAGUCCAUCGCACGUAUUCCAGACACUGAUUAAAUCCGAUGUCCUCAACUGUCAGCAUUCCAUGAAAGAUCUGAUGUCAAUGUCGUACGCGGAGAAAGCUGCACUCUGGGCUUACUACGGCAAAGCUGAGAUGUCCACAGUGUCCUCGCAGUUGCUGCUGCUGCACAAUUCAGGGAAUAAGAAGCAGACGAUGUUCAAUGGCUCGUCGACGUGUCAAGCAGUUGUUAAUGUUGUCAAUGCUUUAGUGGAGUUUGGGGAGUACAAUCUGGUGGAUGUUGUGCUGGAUCAUGCGAAGGAGAGGUUCCCUAAUGAACCAUCUAACAAGAUAUGGAUGCUGAGUCAACAGUUGUACCAAUUAACAAAACUGAUGAGGCACGAGAAGUGGAGUGAUGCAGAGGCGAUAGCAAAUCAAAUAUCAAGUUUAGACUCUAUCGAAAGUAAAUUCAGACUAGCUGAAGUUGCUCUGGCGAAGGGAGAUUAUCCAACGGGUUUGGAGCUCAUAAGCAACAUCGAGAAGGACGAUGAUUUGAAUCCUCAGAAUAGAGUCAGGGCGAUGAUCCUGUCUAGCCAAAUCAUGAACUCCUCGAUCCUCCCAGGGAAUGGCAUCACAGGAACGAAUUCCCUAGUUUUACUGAACUCAGCUCUGGAAAUGGCGACCAAGUAUCAUCUGUCGUAUUAUGAGGCUGUCGUUAAAAUGCAUCUGGCUAAUGUUCAGCUGAUAAUGGGAAUGCCGAAUCAAGCGUCAACCCUCAUAGACGAGGCAAUAGUGCAGAUCCUGGCGCACGGUGGCUGGUACGACCAGGCGCGUGCCCUAGUUCUCCACGCAAAGUGUCUCGUCGCGACGGCCCCCCAGGCCACCGAGAGACGCAGAGUCAUCAUUCAAGACGCCAUAAAAGCCCUCCUCAAGGCCAAAACUCAUUUUACUAAAGUGGAGGCCUUCGGCAAAGUCAAAAACACAGUUUAUCUACUGAGUUUACUGUAUAAUGAGGUUGAUCUGAAAGCUGAGCGCAAUCAGUGUGCCUUCGAAUUCCGACAGUUCGAUGAGCAGUAUCCUACUAAGGCUAAUAUAUCAACGUUGUAUUAAUGUUGAUAUUUAUAAAUUUUUUUGUACGCAAAGUUACAAGCUCAAGAAGAAUUUGUAGUUAUUAUUUUUUGAUAAUUGUCGGGUAUUUGAACGGAUGAGUUUUGAUCGAGAAGUUCCAGAUUGGAGUGAUGAAUAUUGUAGUGAGGGUGAAUUAUUCAUGAUUGGAAUGAAUGAAGUUCGAUAAAGAAUUGAAAAUAUUCAA